AUGGCAGCCGGGGGUCUGGAGGCAGAGGCCGUGGCCUUACGUCUGGAGCGGCAGGAGGAGGACAUCCGCUGGCUAUGGGCGGAGGUGCGGAGUCUGAGGGACAGGCAGCUGGAUGCUGUUGAGCGGUUCCCAGGCGAGAGGCCUGAGCUGCUGAGGCAGGUGGCGCAGCUCCGGACGGAGAACCGCGACCUCCGCCACCACUUGUCCUGCCUGCGCCGCUGCCUGGUGGAGGAGCUGAGCCGCCAGACGCCAGCGGGGAGCGCUGGGCAGCCAGCGGGCGCACAGGUAACCAGGGAAGGCCUGGAGGGCACUGUUCCCAUAAGAGUGAUAAAGCAGCCAGAUUUCAUAAAAGAAAGAUUAAAGUUCUUUGAAAUACUGAGGAAAGAUUAUCAGCUCUUACAUGCCAUUUGUGGACAAAAGGAGAAUGCAAACCACACAAUCACAGUAAGAGUGGUGGAUGGGAAGACAGUGCAAGGGGAAGCUUGGAAGACGACCCCUUACCAAGUGGCUGCCAUGAUUAGUAAAGAACUGGCUGAAAGCACAGUGAUCGCUAAAGUCAACGGUGAAUUAUGGGACUUGGACCGUGCUCUGGACCAAGAUUCCACUCUGGAUCUGCUUACGUUUGAGAAUGAGGAAGCCCAAGCUGUGUACUGGCACUCAAGUGCCCAUGUACUUGGGGAGGCCAUGGAGCUCUACUAUGGUGGCCACCUGUGCUACAGCCCACCCACCGAAAAUGGAUUUUAUUAUGAUAUGUUCACUGGAGACAGAGCCGUCUCCAGCACAGAGCUGUCAGCACUGGAGAACAUAUGUAAAAUGAUCAUAAAAGAAAAUCAGCCUUUUGAAAGACUGGAGGUCAGCAAAGAAGCCCUCCUGAACAUGUUUAAGUACAAUAAAUUUUAAUGCCGAAUUAUAAAUGAGAAGGUGAACACUCCAACUACCACUGUUUACAGAUGCGGCUCACUAGUUGACCUCUGUAAAGGUCCACAUGUAAGGCACACUGGAAAAAAUAAAAUAAUAAAAAUUUUCAAGAAUUCCUCAACAUAUUGGGAAGGCAAUCCUGAAAUGGAAACUUUGCAGAGGAUCUAUGGAAUAUCUUUUCCUGAUAAACAAAUGAUGACAACCUGGGAAGAGUUCCAAGAGGAAGCCAAGAACAGAGAUCACAGGAAGAUUGGAAAGGAACAAGAACUUUUCUUUUUUCAUGAUCUGAGUCCUGGAAGUUGUUUUUUCCUCCCCAGAGGAGCCUUAAUUUAUAAUACACUUAUGGAUUUCAUACGAGAGGAAUAUCACAAACGUAAUUUCACAGAGGUGCUUUCACCCAAUAUGUACAAUAGUAAGCUCUGGCAGACCUCGGGCCAUUGGCAACACUACAGCGAGAACAUGUUUACCUUCAACAUUGAAAAGGAAACUUUUGCUCUCAAGCCUAUGAAUUGUCCAGGGCACUGUCUAAUGUUUGCUCAUCAUCUACGAUCUUGGAGGGAACUGCCUGUUAGAUUAGCAGAUUUUGGAGUUCUUCAUAGAAAUGAACUGUCUGGGACAUUGACUGGCUUGACUCGCGUUAGGCGCUUCCAGCAGGAUGAUGCACACGUUUUCUGCACAGUCGAGCAGAUUGAAGAAGAAAUAAAGGAAUGUUUGCAGUUCUUGCAAUUUGUUUACUCAACGCUUGGUUUCACCUUUCAAUUAAAUCUGUCUACAAGACCUAAAAAUUUCCUGGGAGAGACUGAGAUGUGGGAUCAUGCUGAAAAGCAACUGAAGAAUAGUUUGAUGAAAUUUGGGAAACCAUGGAAGAUGAAUCCAGGAGAUGGAGCAUUUUAUGGUCCUAAAAUUGAUAUAAAAAUCAAGGAUGCUAUUGGCAGACACCAUCAGUGUGCUACAAUUCAGCUGGACUUCCAACUACCUAUUAGAUUUAAUCUUACAUAUGUUAGUAAGGAUGGGGAUGAUAAGAAGAGACCUGUAAUGAUACAUCGAGCUAUUUUGGGAUCAGUGGAAAGAAUGAUAGCCAUUCUCUCAGAAAACUGUGGGGGAAGAUGGCCUUUCUGGCUGUCCCCUCGUCAAGUAAUGGCCAUCCCCGUAGGACCAACUUGUGAAAAAUAUGCCACUCAGGUAUCCCGUAAUUUUUUUGAAGAAGGAUUUAUGGCUGACGUUGAUUUAGAUCAUAGUUGUACAUUAAAUAAGAAAAUACGAAACACACAGUUGGCACAAUAUAAUUUUAUUUUGGUGGUUGGAGAAAAGGAAAAGACAAAUAAUGCUGUAAAUGUUCGGACGAGAAACAACAAAAUUCAUGGUGAGAUUUCAGUGACAUCUGCCAUGAAUAAAUUAAAGAAUCUCAAGAAUUCACGUACAUUGAAUGCUGAGGAAGACUUUUGA